UGUCCCCGACCGCAGGCCAGCCUGCUCCCCAAAGCCUGGAGGAAAGCCCGCUGUGCUGUUGACCCGUGGAAUCCAAAGGCUGCUGCUGUGUGCUCAUCUGAUCCAGAACGUUUCCAAAAUGGAGGAGCCUGGGUUGGAGUCCUGGUUUGUCACCCACUUACUGAAUGAGCUGGGCUGGGGACGUCCCCUCUUGGAAUCUGUCCUUCGUUUCUGCAGGAAAGUAGUUGAUUGAUGAUUGACAAGGAUGUUCCCUGCUCUGAAACUGUGUCUUGGAUUCUAGAUUUCCAUGGGACAUCUGAGAAGUCUGGCCAGGACAUGGGAGUCUGAAGGGUGAACGGCUCUGGACCCGAUGCUCUGCUCAGCCCAGCUUGUCUUCACUUGAAGCUUGGGAGUGACCCCUGUCUCCCCAAGUGCCUGGCUUUGCACCUACUCCUCUCUCCCCCCACAUACUCCCGCAGCCAAGAGGAUUUCUCUUCCGUAGCACAUCCAGGCAGGGCACCAGGACUCAGGAGGAGAGAGGAGGCAGGCCACUUGUCCCAGACCCAGGGGCAGCCAUGGGGGCCCAUGGCAUUGUGACUGACGCCAACAUCUCGUCCAGCCUUGAGAGCAACACCACGGGCGUCACAGCCUUCUCCAUGCCCAGCUGGCAGCUGGCACUGUGGGCCACCGCCUACUUGGCCCUGGUGUUGGUGGCCGUGACGGGCAAUGCCACAGUCAUCUGGAUCAUCCUGGCCCAUCAGAGAAUGCGCACAGUCACCAAUUACUUCAUUGUCAACCUGGCCCUGGCUGACCUGUGCAUGGCCACCUUCAACGCCCCCUUCAAUUUCGUCUACGCCAGCCACAACAUCUGGUACUUUGGCCGAGCUUUCUGCUACUUCCAGAACCUCUUCCCCAUCAUGGCCAUGUUCGUCAGCAUCUACUCUAUGACCGCUAUCGCCGCUGAAAGGUACGUGGCCAUUGUCCACCCCUUCCAGCCACGGCUCUCAGCCCUGGGCACCAGAGCGGUGAUUGCUGGCAUCUGGCUCCUGGCCCUGGCCCUCGCUUUCCCCCAGUGCUUCUACUCCACCAUCACCAUGGACCGAGGCGCCACCAAGUGUGUCGUGGUCUGGCCAGAGGACAACGGCCGCAAGACGCUCCUUUUGUACCACCUCACGGUGAUCGUCCUUAUCUACGUGCUGCCUCUCGUGGUGAUGCUCCUCACCUACAGUGUCAUCGGCCUCAAGCUCUGGAGACGCGAGGUUCCCAAGCACCAAAUGCACGGCGCCGGCCUGCGCCACCUGCGGGCCAAGAGGAAGUUUGUGAAGACCAUGGUGCUGGUGGUGGUGACGUUUGCUAUCUGCUGGCUUCCCUACCACUUCUACUUCAUCCUGGGCAACUUCCAAGAGGACAUCUACUACCACAAGUUCAUCCAGCAGGUGUACCUGACGCUCUUCUGGCUGGCCAUGAGCUCCACCAUGUACAAUCCCAUCAUUUACUGUUGCCUCAACCACCGGUUUCGCUCUGGAUUCCGGCUUGCUUUCCGCUGCUGCCCGUGGGUCACACCCAUUAAGGAGGAUAAGCUUGAGCUGACCCACACUCCAUCCCUUUCCAUGAGGGCCAACCGGUGUCACACUAAAGAGACUUUUUUCAUGGCCGGGGAUACUGCCCCCUCUUAGGCUACCAAUGGGCAGGCCAGGGGUCCCCAACAUGGGGUACCUGCUGAACCCUGAAGCCUUGUGCCUGGCACCCUUGGAGAAGUAGCCAGUGGAGAGGUCCAGUCUGAAAAUCUGACCCAUCCUCCAGCCUUCAGUACACCCGCGGAAAAACAAGAUGGGCCAGGAGCGUGGCAAGUAGAUGCGAACUCUAAGAGGGCCCAGCCCCCUCUCUGAUGGGGCUUCACAUCAGCCAGUAACAGUACAGGAAGACAGUGUCAGCGAACAGUUAUCUAAUCCAGGAGUUACAAGCUCAGACGCCUUCCUGGGGCAUACAACUCAAGGAGUGACUUCCAGCGCUGGGGUAACAGGGAACGGUACGAAGUGGAGGGCGUACGCAUCUAAAGGGGACAGCAGCUGACCACCUCUGGACAAAGGUUGUCAUGAGGUAAUGGGCACCCACUGUUGCUAGAUCUUCCGGAUCCUUCCAGACACACCAGAAAUCCAAAUCUGUGAGCCUUCCAGACUUGUUACAUUUGGCUCACAUUUGUAUAAUUAUUGGUAAAACCAAACAGAACACAGCUGUGGACAGCACCCAGCCAUGAUACUGAUUUAGUAUUAGGCCAAAGACACGGGGAGGGAGCGGCUUAUUUUGGAAAGCUGUGAGUUAACCUGGGGCUUCUCUGCGUGGGCAUCUGAACUCAGACCCAGCUCAGUGUAGACGGUGGAUAAAGAGUCAAAAGGAGUCUCGGUUGUGUUGCCUGGGACAAGUCACUCUGAUUCUCCGCCUCUUCUACUCCCAGGGGCAAAACUGCCUCACAGGGAUGCUGUGAGGAAGACUGAAGUGAGGCCUGUAAACUAGCGUGGAGUGCUGAAGGCGUGAAUUUUAUCCCCACCAAGCCAGCCAUGCUACACAGAUGCCUCCAGGGCGCAAGCAGCAGUGGUCCCCCUCACUCCAGCAGCAAGAAGAUGGCGGGCAGGAAGCGACUCCAGCAGAGCUCCAGGCCUGGCCCGGUGCACCCCAAAGACACACUUCUCCCCACUUGCCGCCUCACCUUGCACGCCCCAUUGCCCCUUCAGAAGAACCACGUGACACUGUAAAUGCACAGCAAGAGAGUUUAAUGCUAGGUGCGCCCACCCCCCCCUCAGAGAUCACCGUGCCCAAUAAAGGGACUCUGGCCUUAAACCGCACAGGACAUGGGAAGUGGGCUGAUGUGGGAUCCACUGGCGGGCUGUGGGGUGGGAGAGGGACAAAAGGGUCAGGGGAGGCACAGUUUCCUACAGAAGGGAUUCAUUCGAAGGGGAGAGGAGGACAGUGCAGACAACCUGCUCCCUGGGCUGCCUGAGACUUCAUCCGCCUUAGAGCGGGGGUCUACACCCUCUGGUCCCUUGGGAGUUGGCAGAAGGUGAUGAAGGGUGGUGUCUACCUGGGGAGAGCCAGUGCCCACUCUCCUCUCAUUAAACCCAAACAGCCCCUGGGAGCCCAGAGGCCCCCCACCACUUUACCUUCUUAAAGGUGCAGGGGUGGGACCCGGGGGCUACAGCAGGGAACUGGCCAGGCGGGGGCUGGAAAACAAGGGAAGACGCUAGCUUGCUGACACUCUGCAGAGAACAGAGAAGUUACAGUACUCAACGAAGGCCAGGGGCUGAAGCACUCCCCCCCAAGCCUCCCAACCCAGGACCCCCAAAGGGCUCAGUUUCCUUGGCAUCCUCGCACGGCCUCCCCACCUCCAGCCAGCAAGCAUCACUCAGGGUCUUUGAAUUGGUACAAAGUUUACUAGGUCAUACAACAUGGCUCACAAAAGCAAUGGGGAAUUUCCAAGGAGGGCACUGUUUGUUGGUUUCGUUCCUUUUACCCAAAUGGAGACAAGACACUUUCCCGCAGAACUGCCCACCUCCCCUCGCACCCCCAAGACAGACAGAAGGCGAGACUGUCACAGCGUGGCUCUGACCAGUUCCACGGACACACGAUUCAGUGGCAUGGAUACGUCGCGAUGGGAACCUCGGGACGCCAGACAGCAGUGGGGGCUGGGGCGGGAGGAAGCCGCUCGGAUGCCCCUGGGAGGAGGAGUCCCGGCAGUGUCUGCUGGUGAGAAUACAUUUCCCACGGGGGAUGAGUCCCCAAGGACGGGCUGUGGAGGCCCAGAAGGCCUGUCAGAUGGCGUGACUUUUCAUCUUGGGCCAAUAAAUAACUCUGUCGGACGAAUGCAGAAACCGGAAAUGGGCGCCACUAAACUUCACACGUGGGGAGCGGACGACCGGGCUGAAAUCGGAUCAUGCAGAGUGGCAGGGUGGGUGAGGAGGGGGCCGGAGUGGGGAGAGAUUAU